GAGAAGAUGUCCAGCACUCUUGGCCACACCAUGGACUCUCCUAAUCACACUAACCUGGACCCUUCUAUCUUCUUCCUCCUGGGCAUCCCAGGUCUGGAACAAUUCCACAUGUGGCUCUCACUUCCUGUGUGCUGCCUGGGCACAGCCACAAUCAUGGGCAACAUAACCAUCCUGGUUGUUGUUGCCACUGAGCCAGCCUUGCACAAGCCAGUGUACCUUUUCCUGUGCAUGCUCUCGACCAUCGAUUUAGCUGCCUCCCUCUCCACAGUUCCCAAGCUGCUGGCCAUCCUCUGGUGUGGAGCUGGACACAUCUCUGCCUCUGCCUGCCUGGCACAGAUGUUCUUCAUUCACACCUUCUGCAUGAUGGAGUCUACAGUGCUGCUGGCCAUGGCCUUUGAUCGCUAUGUGGCCAUCUGUCACCCACUUCGCUAUGCUACUAUCCUCACUGACACCAUCGUUGCCCGCAUUGGGGUGGUAGCUAUGGUGCGAAGCUCCCUGCUCAUGCUCCCGUGUCCCUUCCUCAUCAGACGCCUGAGCUUCUGCCAAAGCCACGUGAUCCCCCACACAUACUGUGAGCACAUGGCUGUGGUGAAGCUGGCCUGUGGAGAUACCAGGCCUAACCGUGUGUAUGGACUGACAGCCGCACUGUUGGUCAUUGGGGUUGACUUGUUCUGCAUUGGACUCUCCUAUGCCCUCAUUGCACAAGCUGUUCUUCGCCUCUCAUCCCAUGAAGCUCGGUCCAAGGCCCUGGGGACUUGUGGUUCCCAUGUCUGUGUCAUCCUCAUCUCUUACACACCUGCUCUUUUUUCUUUUUUCACACACCGCUUUGGCCACCAAGUUCCACUCCAUAUUCAUAUUCUUUUGGCCAAUGUCUAUCUGCUGUUCCCACCUGCUCUUAACCCUGUGGUGUAUGGAGUCAAGACCAAGGAGAUUCAUGAAAGGGUUUUCAGGGUGUUUCAGAGAGAUCAGAGAACUGGGUUAAAGGCAUCUGAGUGA